AUGAGGCACUCGACAGUACAAGUCGCUUUGUUCUUUCUGGUGUUGGCAAGUGCUGCAACAGGAAAGGGAAAGCGAGGAGCAGGCUCGCAACUUCCGCCAGAAGCGGCACAAUGCCUGCCUAUUCUUCAGAAGGGAGGCGUUCAGGAGAAAAGGCUCGUCUACCCACAUCUGCUGGAAGAACGCGAGGUUGACGGCGCGAAGCUUGUUCACGUACACGAAGGCCUGGUCCUCAACUUGCGAAAGACGUCAGUCGCAGCGUCGACGCUUGCAGUCCAUGACCACGAAAACGGGAAGCCCACUGUUCAUUUCUACAAAGGAGAUGACAUCGACGGAAACCUCUACGAGGAUGAAAGGCGGCUGGCCACUGUAAUGGUUACAGAGACCAACAACGGCCUUGAGCUGGAAGGUGUCGUAGGACCACGGCACAAGAUUUCGCCAGUGCCGGUGAUGGAAAGGUCCGAGGAUGGUAGUGUUGCUCACAUGAUCUACGAAAUUAAAGAGGAGCCAAAUGGCAUGUUCGACACUCUCAUUCCAGGAGGAACGGACAAUGCCACGCUGCUCACCGAGAGGCAGUACAACUUUUACCAAACGGUUCCAACGGAGGUCACCGUAGAGCUGUUUGUCAUCUCUGAUAAGAUACAUCAGAAGCGAUUCUCUAAGACGCAACACCUGCUUGGGUACAUGUGCGUUAUGAUCAACAGCGCCAACUUACGCUUCAAAGACACGAGUGCUCCAAGGAUCAAACUGCUACUGACGGGACUCGAGCGAGUUCUGAGCGCACGGGACGAGCCAUACUUUAAAGGCGACGACAAGUACAUGGACGACACAACAACGAUCACGCAACUGGUCAACUACGUCAAAGCGAAAAAGCGACAAUUCGGCGAUCCCGACGUUGUCUACGUAGCCACGGGACGUGACAUGUAUGGUAUGGACAGUGGUGCGCCAGAUACAAGCCGUAAAGGACUGGCCUUCGUAGGUGGUGUGUGCACCAGUUCGCUUGUGGGCAUCGGUGAAGACAAUCCCGGCUCCUACGACGGAAUGCACGCUCUGACACAUGAAGUGGCACACUUGUUGGGAGCUGCGCACGAUGGGGACCCGCCCAUGACUAACAUCGUGCCGGGUCACCCAGGAGCCUUGGGGUGCCCAUUCAGCCAGGGGUACAUAAUGAGUUACCUCAACACCGGACCAAACUACCAUCGUUUUUCUCCGUGCAGCGUCACGCAGAUGCGAUACGUCAUAAGAUUGAGAGGACCGUCCUGCUGGUGGGUGAAGUCCCAGGGGCACAAAUUGGAUGGCUAUUAUCCCGGAAUGCUGGUUAAACCACAGGAUAUAUGCAAAUAUAAACUUGCUGGCCAAGCAAGCGUGACAGCAGACACGUCGUCCGCUGUCGUUCAGCGCUGCAAAGUGCGGUGCGUGUACUCGAAAGUUCAGCGCGGCUACUUCGGCGGAGUCUACGCGACCCGUGCGUAUUUGGAGUUCGAAGCGCCAGACUACGCAAGUUGCGGGAACGGAACGGUUUGCAUCCGAGGAAUUUGUGGUAAGAAAUAGAAGUAAACGAUAUGAAGUGAAAAAUUAAGAGUCUUUUACAUUCACGGAGCUUACUGCAAGUCACAGCAGCGCAUACAAAUAAUUCUACGGGCACCUUAUGAACAAUAUUAUAUCUUCUACAACAGAUAAACUAUA